AUGUAUCGAAUAUUAAAGACAGUUCGAUUAUUACCAUCUUCAAUUGUUAUUCGAUUGAAUUCAACAAAUAAAAUUCCUAUACAAAAUUUAGCAACUAUUGAUAAUGAUGAUGAAGACGAUGAUAUUAGUUCCAAGAAAAUCACGUCACAAAAAGAUUAUAUAUUUGCUGAUUCUAAGUCAUCACGAUUCAAAGAAAAAAAUAAACGAAAACACAAACAAUGGGUUAAAGAACUUGAACAACGACAAAUUGUUCCAAAAACACCAUUAUCAUCAUUUAUUAAAGAAAAGAAAAUAAUUCGUGAUACAUAUGUUACAUCAGAUGGAAUUGUGCAAGAAGAUAAUUUUCAAAUCAAUUUUGAUACUGAUCUUGACGAAGAUGAACAAGAUAAAGAACCGGAUGAACCAAUAUCAUUAGCUGUAGAUGGACGUCGAUAUCCAAUAUGGUAUUUUGCAAGUAAAUUAAAACAAUUGGCAUCACAAAAUAAGGUUCAAGAAACACUUGAUUAUUUCUAUAAUGUAAUGAUGGAUAAAGAACGAAUUGCUCCGAAUCUUUUUUGUUAUCAAGUAGUUAUUGGUAUUUGUGCACGAAAUGGUUAUUUAACACAAGCAUUUGAUCUUUAUCGAGAAAUGAAAGAUCGAGGUUAUACAACAGUCGAUUCUCGAAAGAUGACUAAAAUCUUUACAUUACUUGCUAAUGCUUGUUAUCGUGCAUCAGAUAGUAGUAUGGCUAUUGAAUGUGCAACACAAUUUUUAGAUGAAAUCAAAUCGAAAGGAUUUCGUAUAGAAUAUCGAACCUAUAAUGCAUUCAUUGCUGCAUUUGGUAAACAUGGCCAACUUAAAAUGGCAUUUCAACUCGCUGAUGAAAUGACUGAAGUUGGUUUUAUACCAAAUGAAGAUACGUAUGCAUCAUUAUUAAUUGCAUGUCAAUCAGAAAAAAAUGCUGGUUUUAAAUAUGCAAUUGAAAUUUGGCGACGAAUGCUUGCUUUUGAUAUUAAACCAACUCCAUUUCAUUUUGGUCUUUUACUUAAUAUUGCAUGUCAUUGUGGAUUAGGAUCACAGGAAUCAAUGCAUAAUUUACUUUUUCCACCACUACCUCAACAAUUUCUUAUCGAUGAAGAAGAGGCGAAAGAUAAAGAACAACAAAAAUAUCGUGGACCUUCAUUUCUUUCUUCUAUUAAUACAUUUGACCAAAUACCAUCAACAUUCAAUGAUGAGGACAAACAAUUAAUUGCUUCCUCUCAAAAUAGUUCAACAUCAUCAGAAUUAUCUUCUGAAUGGUGGCAAGAUCCAGAUGAUGUUCGAAAAGGACAUUCAUUAUCAAAUCAUUUACGUCCAUUUAGUAAUGCAAAUAUUCUCAAACCAAAUAUGUCAUAUGAACAACCAAAUCUUAUACAUCUUCGAAUGCCUUCUUCAUCUGCUGAAAGACUCAUGUUAUUAGGUGGUAUUCCUGGUGUAUUAAAACAUAUGCAAGAAUGUAAUGUAGUACCUAAUCACAUCAUCUUUAAUACACUUCUUAAUCUGAUUCCAUCUGUAACUGAACAUGAACAAGCACUUAUUCAUGUAUCAAAUGUAUGUGAAGUGAAACCGAAUAUUCAAUUUUAUAAUGUUCUUAUUCUUCGACGAUUUCGUCGAGGAGCUAAACAAGAAGCAUUGCAAGUACUUGAUCUCAUGCGUGAACAAUGUUUAUCACCUGAUGAAUAUACAUUUUCAGCAUUAGCAAAAGGAUGUAUGACUAAAUCUGAUGCUGAACAAUUAUUCAAUGAAAUGAAAGAUCUUAAUUUAAACCCAAAUCAAAAAAUUUUUGAAGCAAUACUUAACAAUGCCUUUCAUCGUACAAAUUUUCCUUUACUUACAUUGAUCUGUGAAUCAUAUCAAACGUAUAAUUUACCGGUGAAUCAAAGAUUUAUUGAACGAAUGGAAAAUUUUUUAUCAGAAAUUCGUUCAAAAAUACUUACAAUGGAACAUGCUAAUGUGAAUAAUGAUGAAUAUCAAUUAUUAAGUUCAUCAUAUAAUCGUUUUCAAAAAUUCUAUAAUCGAUGGUUACAUGAAGUACCAUAUAACAAACGUUUUGAUCAGAAAAUAUCUUUUCGUUUCGAUAAACCAGAUUUGAAAAAAAAUAAAUAA